AUGAUGGACACAACAGGAAAGAGGAGAAGCACCCGUUCCAUGUUCUCCAGGCCUUUUAGGCAACACGGAGUUGUUCCCUUGGCCACAUGCAUGUGCAUUUACAAGCAGAGUGACGUUGUAGACAGCAAGGGAAUGGGUACUGUUCAAAAAGGAAUGCCCCAUAAAUGUUACCAUGGCAAAACUGGAAGAGUCUACAGUGUUACCCAACAUGCUGCUGGCAUUGCUGUAAACAAACAAGACCAAGAAAACACAUGUUUCCUCAUCCCUGGGUACUGGGACAUGUGGAAAGUCAUGAGUGAGAGAAUACAUGUACAUAUUGAGCAUAUUAAACACUCUAAGAGCCAAGAAAGCUCCCUGAAACAGGUGAAGGUAAAUGAUCAGAAAAAGAAAGAAGCCAAAGAGAAAGGUACUUGGGUACAGCUGAAGUGCCAGCCUGCUCCACCGAGAAGCCCACUUCGUCGGAACCAACGGGAAGGAACCUGAGCUACUGGAACCCAUUCCCUAUGAAUUCAUGGCAUAUCAAGUGUAAAAGAAAAUGAAAGACCUUUGGACCCUUAACAAAAAGUUUAUUUGACUUAAUUGAAAGAGAAAGAAAUCUUCCAUCCAGUGGAUUAAUUCC